AUGGCGGAGAGGACACUGGAGCAGGGUUCGGUCAGCAUCCCCAUGGAGGAGACCAAACUCCCCGGCGGAGCGCCUCAGGAGGCAGCACUGCUCACCCACUUAAAGAAAGUGGAGAACCACAUCACUGACGCUCAGCGCUUCUCCCACCUCCCACGCCGCUCUGCUGUGGACCUGGAGUUCAAUGAGCUGUCGCACACCAUCCGGGAGGGUCCCUGGUGGAGGAGGAGAGGUUACAAAGCUCUCCUCAAGUGUCUGUCUGGAAGAUUCAACAGCAAAGAGCUGAUUGGCAUCAUGGGGCCCUCUGGAGCCGGGAAAUCCACUCUGAUGAAUAUUCUGGCGGGUUACAGGGAGACGGGCAUGAAGGGCCAGAUCCUGGUUAAUGGUCGACCGAGGGACCUGAGGUCCUUCCGGAAGAUGUCCUGCUACAUCAUGCAGGAUGACAUGCUGCUGCCACACCUCACUGUGAGGGAGGCCAUGAUGGUUUCUGCCAAUCUGAAACUGAAUGAGAGCACGCAGAUCAAAAAAGAACUUGUGCAUGAGAUCCUUACUGCUCUCGGUCUUCUGGACUGUGCUCAGACACGUACCAAUUCCCUCUCUGGGGGCCAGCGUAAAAGACUGGCUAUUGCACUCGAGCUGGUCAACAAUCCUCCUGUCAUGUUCUUUGAUGAGCCCACCAGUGGUCUGGACAGCGCAUCCUGCUUUCAGGUAGUUUCCCUCAUGAAGUCUCUGGCUCAGGGAGGACGGACAAUUAUCUGCACCAUUCAUCAGCCCAGUGCCAAGCUCUUUGAGAUGUUUGAUAAGCUGUACAUCCUCAGUCAGGGUCAGUGCAUAUACAAGGGCACAGUCCCCUACCUCAUCCCAUAUCUGAAGAACCUGGGUCUCCACUGUCCAACAUAUCACAAUCCUGCUGAUUUCAUCAUUGAGGUGGCGUCAGGGGAGUAUGGGGAUCUGAAUCCAGUGCUGUUUGAAGCUGUCCAAGGUGGACUGUGCUCCGAGGAGGGCAAGAAGAACUCCAGAGACAAAAGUGACUCUUCUUGUCCCUCUCAAUGUCACAGUGACACAGGAACUCUUGAGAAACAUAGCUUUGCCACCAGUUCAUUCACACAGUUCUGCAUCCUCUUCAAAAGAACCUUUAUUACAAUAUGCAGGGACACGGUGCUGACCCACCUCAGAGUGAUGUCCCAUCUGUGUAUUGGAGUGCUGAUUGGCCUGCUUUAUCUCAAAAUUGGAAAUGAUGCCAGCAAGGUCUUCAACAACACUGGCUUCCUCUUUUUCUCCAUGUUAUUCCUCAUGUUUGCUGCCCUGAUGCCCACCGUCCUAACCUUUCCUCUGGAGAUGGCUGUGUUUAUACGGGAAUAUCUCAACUACUGGUAUAGCCUGAAAGCCUAUUACUUAGCCAAAACUAUGGCUGAUGUACCAUUCCAGGUGCUUUGUCCAAUCUUGUACUGUAGUAUAGUGUACUGGAUGACUGAACAGCCUCCAGAAGCGACUCGCUACCUGCUCUUUAUGGCCUUGUCCACAUCCACAGCACUGGUGGCCCAAUCCCUGGGUCUGCUUAUAGGGGCUGCAUCCACAUCUCUGCAGGUGGCUACUUUUGUGGGUCCAGUCACAGCCAUACCUGUGCUUCUCUUCUCUGGCUUCUUUGUCAAUUUUGACACCAUUCCCAAAUACCUACAGUGGAGCUCUUAUGUUUCCUAUGUCAGGUAUGGCUUUGAGGGAGUGAUACUCUCUAUCUAUGGGAUGAACCGGUCGGAGCUGGAGUGUCCAGGUCUGGUGUGUAAGUUCCAGAAGCCAGAGGAGGUCCUGCAGCUGCUGGAUGUGGAGGAUGCGAAGCUCUACGUGGACUUCAUGGUGUUGGGGAUUUUCUUUCUGGUCCUCAGAUUGGCUACUUACCUGGUUCUGCGUUACAAAGUCAAGUCAGAGCGUUAG